UCAGCAAUAUAUUGCAAGAACCACAGUAAUAAUAAAGACUGAAGGCUGAGUUUUUCAUUUCUUCUACUUGAAAAAAAAAAGAAAAGAAAAGAAAAGUGGUUAGAGAAUAUGAAAUGAGACUCUUGGAGUCUCCAUAAAUAUCAGUUCCCAUGUAGUGAUCAUUUUACUCCUGAUGUUGACAUCAGAUAGGGUAUUCUUUAUUUAAAGCAAACUGCAAUUCUAACAGUAUUUUGUUUGCCUGAAAACUGUCAGGGAAAAGAUACAAAAAAAAAAAAAAAAAAAAAAAAAAAACUGGGAGAUGAGAAAAAAGUAUGUCUGAAAGCUGAGUCCAAAGAAUCAUUUGCAUCAAAUGGCAAUGAAAAUACAGGCGACACAGGUGUACUACCUGAACAUGUACAGUUAGUUACCUAUUUGAUUCAACUGCUCUAGUGAACCUACCAGCUUUAAUAGCAGAAUAUACAAAGUAACAUUUUAACUCUUAAACAAAAUACUUGGGAAAUAUCAGUAAAUCAAGAUUUAGGUGUAGCUGGAUUUUGUGCAUCUUCUGAGAACCCAAACUCUGCAACUGUCACUCUGACAACUUCAAAUUCAGAAGAUAUAUUACCAAUCAAUCAUCUUACUAAUUCAUACUUUAUAAAUAAUUAUGUGGAAACUGUAUCAGGUCAGGAAAAUUCAUUCCCUUUAGCACAGUUAGAAUUAAACACAAACAACAAAUCUGCUAUUGCCAUUUUUAUACCCACAGAAAAUUUAAAAGUUGCAGUUAACUCUGUCUUAUCAGACCCAAAGUAUGCCAUGGAAAUGGAAGACACUGACUUAGACUCCUUAAAUAAGGAUGUAGACCACAAUGCAGAAGUUUUACAAACUGAACAUUUAUACUGCAGACAAAACAUAAACAAGGAACAUCUUUGGCAAGUCUCCAAUCUGCAUUCAAAGAUACAAAACCCAUCUCUAGCAAGAUUGAAGGCUUUGGAAGCUUUUAUAAGCCAACUAUGGCAGGGGAACUGGCUAUUUGAAGAAAAUGUCAAGAUAAUAGGGAACUGUUUCACAACAUACAAUGUCACUGUGAUAUAA